CCGGGGUUAUGUCAUAAAUAUAAAGGCAUACAAUUCUUAUGAAUUAAGUAGGAGGUGUUGAUAUACCAAUGUUCCGAUCGAGUGAAUAUAAAUAUGUGUAUAUAUAAUAGACACCGCACACAACACUUCCAUAGAGAAGUCCCGGCUGGUGCGUUAUGAGCGACGAUCCAGAAGGGGUUAUUCUGAACGAGAAACAGUCCAGUCACACCCACACCGACCAACAGCAGAUGACUAAAGAAGAAAAAGGAGAGGGCAGCAUGUCACGUACAGCCAUAGCCAUAGCCGUCCUCGCCCUGCUUAUUGCCGUUGUGGCAUGUGUCCUAGUUUUGUUGGUUUGGAUUCGUCCUGAAUUGGUCAGUCCGCCAGCAACUGCCAAAGACAGUGAAGCGAUAGCAAAACAGAGUGCCACUGAAGCCGCGGCACAAAUCAAAACAAUGGUGGACUCCAUCAAAGAGGAAAUGAAGAAUCAAGCAAAGUCGCAGCAAACCCAUACAUUUGCUUAUAGUAAUGACUGGCCACCUAUGGAUUACCUUGAUUCCCAAGGCUUCCUAAAAGGCUUAAGUAUGGACCUUGUAAAAGAAGCGUGUAAAGUUGCUGAGAAAAACUGCAGCCAUGUACUCAGCAAUGAUAUAUCUCAGUGUUGGGAUACCAGCAAAAAGACCGGGGCAGGACUUGUCAACCGUUGGUACACUGCAUGCGUUGGUUGGUACCCUACUCCUGAACGGCUGAAUGCCUUCGACUUUGUUGGUAGUUUAUACGCUCCUGAACAAGCGGCGCUGUACGUCAGGCCCGGCAGUCGAGUUACCUCUGUCACCGGGAGGAACGUCGGCUUUCGCGAGGGUUGGAAUACGGAUGCUGCUUGUCUGGCCAGGAAUAGCAUUGACGUGCCAGAAGCCAACCGAGUCACUGGCUCGACUUUCACAGAAUUAAGAAACAAGCUUAAUAAUACUGAGAUUGACCUUAUCUUCGCCCCUGUCAACACCUUCUCUGACCUCGUGGUGUUGGACACGAAGUAUGUCUGCACCCUGGGAAGCGCGGGUCUAAUGAUGAGAAAAGACAUCAAAAACUCCAUGAUGUGGUUUCACGAUGCUGUUGAGAAAAUGAAGACGUCUGGAAAGUUUUCUGAAAUCUGUGGAAACGCGCUCAGAGACCACGGCAAGGCCGGUAUUUGCGUGGCGGGCUAAUCCUGUGUACACCCAGCCUCAAACUAUUCUUUUCAAGAACAAAUAAUUUGGAAGGCAAAUGGAGUCUACACCAACUUCGAAUUCUGUUUGAUGCUACAAUUAUCCGGCAUAUGUCUUUUUAUCAACGAAAAUCCUGAAGUGUUUCUUUUGAAGUGUUAAUUUUUUUGCACUUUUAGUUAAUUAACUUGAUGCAUGUAGGAGUUCUUGUCCUUUUUCUAUCAAUAUAUUUAGUUUUCACUUAGGAGGAAUAAAAAUGUUUAUCAACAGGACACAUAUAAAGCGAUUUUUACACAGAAUAAUU